AUGCUCGGCAAUCGCAGUUUGACGGAGGAGCAAACCCUCAUACGGCGGCACUUCAUUGACUUUUUCGAGUCUGAGCGGUAUGAGGAAAAAUACCAUCAACGUAUACAAGAAAUGAUGUCCGCCGCCAAAUCACGACUCUUACUGGAUAUGGGAGAUCUCCUCGACUUUAUUCCCGUCUCCGCUGGUUUUGAUAAUAAUAAUAAUAACAAUAUGAAUAAUAAUAAUAAUAAUAAUAAUAAUGGAGGAACAGCCGCCACUCCACAUUCGCUUGGUAUAGGAAUUAUAAGAGAACCUGGGAAAUUUGUACCUCUGCUUGAACUUGCCUUACAUGAUGUUGUGUUAAGACAACAACCAGAAUAUCUUAAAGUGGAUUACCGUUCACGUGCAGUACAUGUUGGAUUUGAAGGUCCUGUGGGAGUUGUGUUAUCACCACGAGAAUUAUAUGCAAGACAUUUGAAUACGAUGGUAGCAUUAGAAGGUAUUAUUACACGACAAUCAUCUAAUCGUCCACGGGUAUUAGAAUCUGUACAUUAUUGUCCAGAAACAAAUAAAUUUACACGAAAAGAAUUUCGAGAUCAACUUACUCCAAUGAUAGAUAGUACACAUCUUCCUACAGUAAAUGUAAUGCCCAAAACUGAUAUGGAAGGACAUCUUUUACGUACAGAAUUAGGAUUAUCUACUUUUAUGGAUUCCCAGUGUGCUAUUUUGCAAGAAGCCCCUGAAAGAGCUCCAACAGGUCAACUUCCACGUACAGUUGAACUUCGAUUUGAUGAUGAUUUAGUAGAUGUUGUUAAACCAGGAGAUCGUGUUAUGUUAGUUGGAGUUUAUAUGGCCUAUACAACAUCAGAUAGUAAAAGUUUUCAAUCUAUUGUAUUGGUAAAUCAUGUGGUUCCUCUUCAGGCCUUUACAAUGUAUCGUCGUGUACCGGCAGUAGAGGAGAAACUCAUCGCAUUUGCACAGAAAUGUAUACAAACCGAUGGUCCUACAGGUGUAUUGAACGCAUUAAGUAAAGCUGUGGCUCCUACAAUUUAUGGAAUGACGUAUGAAAAGAAAGCGGUAUUAUUACUUAUGGUCGGUGGAGUAGAACGUCAAGCUCAUCAAUCACAUGUUCGUGGAGAUAUUAACGUUCUUCUUGUGGGUGAACCAUCUACGGCGAAAUCACAAUUACUACGAUUUGUACUUGGUGUAUCUCCAUUAGCACUUAAUACAACUGGUAAAGGUUCCUCCGGUGUUGGACUCACCGCUGCGGUUUCUGUAGAUUCCUACACCGGUGAACGUUCACUCUCUGCAGGAGCGAUGGUAUUAGCAGAUCGUGGUAUAUUGUGUAUUGAUGAGUUUGAUAAGAUGAGCGCACAAGAUCGAGUGGCUAUGCAUGAAGCGAUGGAACAACAAACCGUAACAAUUGCGAAAGCUGGUAUUCAUGCUUCUCUUAAUGCACGUUGUAGUGUAUUAGCAGCUGCAAAUCCUAUUUAUGGAUUUUACAGUGUACAUCAUCGUCUUGCUUUUAAUGUUGGAUUACCAGAAUCUCUACUUUCUCGUUUUGAUCUUAUCUUUAUUGUCUUGGAUAAACACUCUUCUGAACAUAAUCGACGUAUUGGUAGACAUAUUCUUCGUAAUCAUAUGACGGCAACUCCUGUAGGAAUUGAUCAGACCGUAACGAAAACAGUUGUGGAUAGUGUAGAAUCUGUUUGGGCACAGUCUGCAAAAAAUAAUAAUGGAAAUAAUACUAGUGGUGGUGGUUCUAGUGUUAGUAGUGGUGGUGGAAUGGACUUUCGAAUGUCCUCCACAAGUACGGGAGAACCUAUUGUGGGGGUUGACUUUUUACGUGCCUAUGUACAACUCGCUAAACAAGGCCAACCAUUACUUACAGAAGCCUCUCAACAAUUGGUCAGUCAACAUUAUGUGCAAUUACGUGCAGAACAACAACAAGAAGGAUCUAAAGAUGGUUUCUUUGUUACGGCACGUACAUUAGAAGCCAUAGUACGUCUUUCAUCUGCAAAUGCUAAACUACGUCUCUCAUCUACAGUAGAUGAGGAAGAUGUCACCAGUGCAAUGGAGUUAUUACGGGCUUCUGUACAUGCAGCCUCAACAGCCGCUAUGCAGCGGGAUGAGGAUAAUCAUGCAACGGCGGCAGAAAAUCGUCCAGGGAAUAAACGUGGAGUUCAGGCAUUACAAGGCGGUGUAAAUAAUAAUAAUAAUAAUAAUAAUAAUAAUAAUAAUAAUAAUACACGUGCUCGUCUUGAAGUGGAUGGGGCGGCGUUAACUGAAGUGGAAGCUGAGGCCGGUCAUAAUAACGACACUUUAUUAACAGAUGCCAAUACGAAUCUCUUUAUUGAAAGGCGGGUAACGGAACUCCUGCGAGAAAUACAAAGAGAACAACAUCUCUCUGUUCGCUUGUCGGAAUUACAUAAGAGAUUGAAAGGCGGUAGUAAUACUACAGCUAUUACAGAAGCCACAACUAUGGAUCAUUUGCAAAGAGUGGUUUUAAAACUUCAAGGAGACAGCUUUGUGUAUGAAGAAUCUGACGGAGAUGGUUGGAUUCAGUUUAUUUAA